AUGACAAAUACUUCUUCAAAUUCUAUCUCCUCUAGGAGAAAUCCCUUAAACAGUGCGACUGCAGCACACUUAGCUUUAAUGUCUAAUUCGCCUGGUCCAACUUAUCCAAUGACUAAUCCAAUGUCUAAUCCACCUCCUGCCAUGUUGUCUGGCCAGACUUCCGCACCUUACUCCCGGCCAACAAUUACUACAUAUCUUCUUAAUACGUCGACUUCUCACGCUUCUGGUUCUUCUGCACGAUCUGCUUACAAUACUUCGUCUUCAGCCUUGUCCGUAAACACGUCAAAUAAACAGUCAAAGUUGAAGACUCUGAAGCCAAAACUUCCGGAAUACUUGGCUGACACGAGUUUUGCGGAAUUAUAUUAUAAUUCCAACAUGGAAAGAUCUAACGCUAAUAUACUUGAAAAGAAUCCACUAGAAAACUUGGCUUUGCCAACCGCAUGGAAUGUUGACGACAAGUGCGCACACCUAAACGUGGAUCCUGACAAACUCAGAGUAAAUUAUAUAGGUUCUGGAAAGUAUGACACAGAUGCAGCUGCAAUAAGAGCUAAUUACCCUAUGCCUCCGCAAUGUGGAUUAUUUUAUUUUGAAGUUGACAUUAUAAGUAAAGGAAAAGAUGGUUUUAUUGGAAUAGGAUUUUGUUCAAAACAAGUUCAUUUAAACCGUUUACCUGGGUGGGAGCCUGAUUCGUGGGGUUAUCAUGGAGAUGAUGGACAUUCUUUUUGUUGUUCAGGCACUGGUAGACAAUAUGGACCUACAUUUACUACAGGUGACACUGUCGGGUGCUGUCUAAAUUUCAGAGAUGGCACAGCAUUCUAUACAAAGAACGGAAAACAUCUAGAUUUAAAGGGUGUUGUUUUAUAUCCUUCAAUCGGGCUACGGACACAAGGAGAGUCUGUAGAAGUUAACUUUGGUCAUAGAAAUUUUAAAUAUGCAAUUGAGCAUUAUAUGAAGGAAGAAAAGGCUCGAUUAUGGCACGCUAUCGAUACAAAACCCAUGUCACCAAUUUCAUCGCCAUUGACUUCUGCUCCCGUUUCUCAGGCUUCUUCAGAGACAAAUCUUACAGCAACAGUUCAUCAACUCAUCUUAUCCUAUUUAGUUCAUCAUGGAUAUAGCGAAACUGCAAAGGCAUUCUCUACAGAUGCUGUACAACUCACACAAAACGACAGCAAUGAAAUGGAAGGUGUUGAAAGUGAAAAUCCAUUUUUAGAUUUAGAUAAGGAUAUCAUUAACCGACAGAGGAUUCGUGAUGCCGUCCUUAAUGGUGAUAUCGACUGCGCCAUCAAAUUAACCAACGAAUUUUAUCCUUCGGUCUUGCCAUCAAAUGAUGAUAUAUAUUUCCGACUUCGUUGUCACGAAUAUACGGAUGCAAUGGAAGCAAUGGAUGUUGAUGAUUACAUUGCUUUGCAAAGUGAUCGUGAGUCAAUUGAGGAAGUUCAUGGCUUGGUAACAUCAAUUAAAAAGAAAAAGAUAUCUAAGCGACGGAGAGGUGUUGGAUCAGGGUUAAAUGGAUUAGGUGUGAUUGAAGCCGCAAUGCGGUUUGGUCAAGAAUUACAAGAUGAUUAUCGUGAUGAUAAGCGUGAAGAAAUAAAAAAAACGCUAGAGGAAACAUUUUCGUUACUGGCAUAUAAUGACCCACGAAAAAGUGUUGUUUCGUAUCUUCUUGAUCCUUCGGGUAGAGAACCAGUAGCAAAUGCUCUGAAUAAAAAAGUUUACCGGCAAUCCUCUGCUGUUCUGAAUGAACUUGCAAGGAAUGGAGUUGGUUCCAGUGCUUUU